AUGGGGUCUGUUCGUAGUGCUGGAUUUUGUUUAGAAAAUAGUUUACCGUUUCGUGGUCAUGACGAAUCUGAAAAGUCUCUUUAUAAAGGUAUAUUUCUUUCGGUUUUAAAGUUGAUUAGUGUGAACAACCCGGAUAUUGGUAAGUACACUUUAGGGAAGGCCAAGAAGAAUAAUAAGUUGACAGCUCCGUCGAUUCAAAAAGAGAUUGUCGAUUGCUAUGCGAAAGAAGUAACCAAAAUGAUUUGUGAAGAAAUUAAAGACGAUGUCUUUGGGUUGUUAGUAGAUGAGUCUAGCGACGUGUCUUUAAAGGAACAAAUGGCCGUAGUUGUGAGAUAUGUCGAUAAGGUCGGAGUACUUAAAGAGAAUUUAACUGGAGUUGCUCAUGUGAGGAAUACAUAUUCUUUAACUCUUAAAGAAGCCAUUGUGUCUUUAUUAGCCGAUAACCAUUUAAGCAUAGAUCAAAUCAGGGGUCAAGGUGAUGAUGGUGCAAGCAACAUGCGGGGAGAGUUUAAUGGAUUAAAAGCUUUAAUUCUGAAAGACAAUCCAUCGGCACAUUACAUACAUUGCUUUGCUCAUCAACUUCAGUUAGUGAUUGUGGCUGUAGCAAAAAAGCAUGAUGGUGUUAAAGAAUUUUACGAAACUCUUGGCAUGGUUGUUAAUACGGUUGGUGCUUCAUGCAAAAGAAAAGAUAUGAUGUUGGAGGCAAAAAAAGAGAGUGGAAAAUGA